ACGUCACCUUCAUCGCAGCGUAGCUAAUGUGGGUGUGGGCGGGGCCUCAGAGGAUGGAGCGCAGAGAGGCAGCCGUGACAAGCCUCAUCUCCUGAAUUUCACUUCCACUCUUCACGGAUAAGAGCUCCGAAUCACCCCCAGACUGCAGCUCCGUCCUCCGGCGUCAGGAACCCGCGGGAGGUGUGCUCUCCGAGCGGGCAGUGAACGCAUCAUCCCGGAGGGAGAGAAGGAGAUUCUGGUUUAAGAGGAAUCAGGAGAGGAGAGGAUUCACGCCUUCUGCUGGACUGACUGCGCCUUCAGGACGUCACUAUGGACGAAGACAAUCACGUUCCCGAGGAUUUGUCCCUGGAAGAGAGGGAUGAGCUGUCCAACAUCCGACGGAGGAAGAGGGAGCUUCUUGAUGAUAUCGAGAGAUUGAAGUUUGAGAUAGCGGAAGUGAUGACGGAAAUCGAACAGCUGACGUGUGUCGGGGAAAGUAAAACAUCCCAAAGAAACAAACAGGUCGCCAUGGGGAGGAAGAAAUUCAACAUGGAUCCCAAGAAGGGAAUCCAGUUCAUGCUGGAAAACGACCUUCUCCAGAACACUCCAGAAGACAUCGCCCAGUUCCUCUACAAAGGCGAGGGGCUCAACAAAACCGUCAUUGGAGACUAUUUAGGAGAGCGGGACGACUUCAACAUCAAGGUUCUUCAGGCUUUCGUGGAGCUCCACGAGUUCGCAGAUCUCAACCUGGUGCAGGCUCUAAGGCAGUUCCUUUGGAGUUUCCGCUUGCCGGGCGAAGCUCAAAAGAUUGACCGGAUGAUGGAAGCGUUCGCCUCGCGCUACUGCCAGUGCAACCCCGGAGUCUUUCAGUCCACAGAUACCUGCUAUGUUCUGUCGUUCGCCAUCAUCAUGCUGAACACCAGCCUGCACAACCCCAACGUCAGAGACAAGCCCCCCGUCGAGCGCUUCAUCUCCAUGAACAGGGGCAUCAACGAGGGGGGGGAUCUGCCAGAGGAGCUUCUCAGGAACCUCUAUGACAGCAUCAAAAACGAGCCCUUCAAGAUCCCGGAGGACGACGGGAACGAUCUGACGCACACGUUCUUCAACCCCGAUAGAGAGGGCUGGCUCCUCAAGCUAGGAGGCCGAGUGAAGACGUGGAAGAGGCGGUGGUUCAUCCUCACCGACAACUGCCUCUAUUAUUUUGAAUACACAACAGAUAAAGAGCCUCGUGGGAUUAUUCCUUUGGAGAACCUCAGCAUCAGGGAGGUGGAAGAGCCACGAAAACCUAACUGCUUCGAGCUCUACAACCCCAACCACAAAGGCCAGGUCAUCAAAGCCUGUAAGACGGAGGCGGACGGCCGCGUCGUCGAGGGCAACCACGUGGUGUACAGGAUAUCGGCGCCCACUCCAGAGGAGAAGGAGGAGUGGAUCAAAUCCAUCAAGGCGAGCAUCAGCAGGGAUCCGUUCUACGACAUGCUGGCCACCAGGAAGAGGAGGAUAGCCAACAAGAAAUGACGAGGAUCUGUCGACGGCACUUCCUGUCGAGAGGAUGGAGCAAACGAGAGGAGCGCCUCCGUUUCCGCCUCCCACGUGAAUGUGGAGAUAUAUUUUUUAUUUUGUCCGACAUGUGGGAUUUGACAAAGUUGAGGAGCAGCUCCCUAUUUGAGAUGCCUGUGAGGAGAGCGCCCUCUACUGGACAAACCGGACUUUCAGAUUAAAAGCCUCAAGCUCAUCAGUCAGCUGGUCUGAUUGAAGGACUUUAUCUUUAUAUGCAAACAUUCAGGAAAGACUUUUCAAGUUUUCUCUUAUUGAAAAUCCAGCUGUGUGAUGAAGGUGUAUUUAUUUUCUUUCUCAAAUACCCAGAUUACAGUUAGCAUGUGUAGUAUGUGAAGUACAAACAGGAGGAGGAAAUCUUUUUCAUAUUUGAGUAAAAGAGCGAAUGAAACACCAGAAAUCCUCAAAGUGCAUCGAUGUUUGGGCGCAAACUUCCCCUCGUCUUUUGGGGAAUUUAUUCCUCCGUUUUCUGUACAAUCUGAAUAAAAACAUUAACAAGUU